CUGCAUCGACCAUUUGAUGAAACUUGAUGUAGUCCAGUACAAAGCCCUGAGAUUGUGUUGUGGAGCAUGCAAGACCACUCCUGUAGCAGCAAUACAGGUCGAAAUGGGUGACAUGCCAUUAAGACUGAGAAGGGAACAGUUGGCGUUGGUUUACUGGACCAAUCUUAAGGGACACAAUAGUGAAUAGGGCCACCCAAGUAAAAAAGUUUUGUUGCCCUGUCAGGAGAAGAAGCAGAGCUCAAGUUUUGGGUGGAUAAUAGAGCAAAUUGCACAGGGAAUGGAAGUUUCUGCUUUGAACGUAAGUUCAACUGCGACGUAUUCCAGGGUUCCUCCAUGGACGCUUGAGGAGGUGCCAGUAGAUUGCUCUCUAUUAGACCGUAGGGAGAAAGGUGAUUGUGUGGAUGACAGCGCUGUUGAAAUGCAUUGUAGGGUGCAUUAUCCUAAUAGCAUCCAGGUGUUUACAGAUGCAUCAAAAAUAAGCAGGAAAGUUGGGGUGGCUUUUGUGGUCGCAGAGCUAAAUGUAAAAGUGGCUAAAAGGAUAUCUGAUGACUUGGCUGUGUUACGAUUAGCUUUAUUGUGGGUGGAAGAUUAUAGGCCCAAAUGUGUGGCAAUAUGGUCUGACUCCAGUUCAGCUCUAGUCUCGUUAAAAAAUAUGUACUCUAUAUCAAGACAAGAUAUUGUGUAUGAGGUGUUGCAGUUAGCAAAUAGACUGCAGAAGUCAGGAAUCAGAAUUUCCUUUGGGUGGAUUCAAGCACACAUGGGAGUAAAAGGGAAUGAACCGGCUGAUAGAUAUGCAAAACAGGCAAUACUGAAACAAGAAGUAGAUAUUAAUGAACAACACAGUAAAGCAGAAGUUGGAAGUAUCAUUAAGAACAAGGUCAGAUAUAUAUGGUAAUACAGGGGGAACAUAUCAUAUCACAAAUGAGAUUUGGACAUGUGGGACUCAAUAACAAGCUAGCAAUAAUUAACAAACAUGCUGAUGGACUCUGUGUUUGCGGAUGUAGUCAAGAGACCAUAGAUAGAUCAUGUAGUAGUGUCCAAUGUAUCAUCGGCAAAUAAAGAUACUUUGUAGUCUCCUGCAACAGGAAAAAGUUAUACGGAAGUUAUCAAACAUACUACAAAAAACUCUGGAGAUAUUUGUUUUAAUUUUAUUUUUAAUUUUCUGAAAGAAACACGUUUAUUUGAUAGGAUUUAGUGUGUUCAGAUCCACACUCCAGCUCAGAAGGUGGCGGUAAUGCACACCAUAAGUUACUUGCCAACCGCCAUAAAACAAAAAAAAAGAAGAAAAUAAGGUCAGUACGCGGCAAAUCACGGCACGGCAAUAGUUUGCUCGUUUGUUUACAGUUUAGUAGUGGAUGUUAGUCCUGUGUCCUAUUCCUUUCCGACAUGUUUGUGCGUCACUGACGAACUGUGUCUAUCCUAUUGUAUGAACAUAAAGAUAAAGGUGCAGUACAAGAACAAGUCAGCAAGCAUCUCAGAGAAUUAUUUUCACUAUAUCGUUGCUUUGAAGGAUAGUUUGAGUUUCCGUUUCCAAAACAGAACUAAAGUCAGAAAUGUCUGGAUUUACUGAACCAUCACAACCGCUCAUGUCAGUGAAGGAGAUAAAAGAAGAAGAAUUUGAUUAUUUCCUACAAGAGUAUUUGACAAUUCAGACAGUGGAAGAAAAGCCUGGAAUGGAAUGUGAAACCAAGACUGAAAUGUACACGUCACCAACCAUGAAAGAAGAGAAGUAUUCACCAAUGGAAAUUAAAGAUGAAGAAGAAUUUGAUUUAAGUGAAUCUGGUCACCAUGUCUCUUCUCCUACAAAGGACAUUCAAAGGAUCCAAUCUAACAAGAAGGGGAACUCUGAGGAAAAAAGAAACCUAGAAGACCUAACCGUGUAUACGAUGAAACAUACUGGAGGAAAGCCAGUUCAGUGUUCUCAGGGUGGAACGACCUUUAAUGGCACACCUGACCUCAAGAAACACCAGAGGAUUCAUACCACCAGUUGUGAAAAAAACGUUGGCCAAAUGUCUCAUCUCAAGACACACCAGAAGAUCCAUAUUGGAGAAAAGCCACAUCAGUGUUCUCAGUGUGGAAAGGCCUUUGGCCGCAUGUCUCAUCUCAAGAGACACCAGAGGAUCCAUACUGGGGAAAAGCCACAUCAGUGUUCUCAGUGUGGAAAAACCUUUAGCUAUCUUUCCAAUCUCAAGUCACACCAGAGGAUCCAUACUGGGGAAAAGCCACAUCAGUGUUUUCAGUGUGGAAAGACCUUUAACCGCAUGUUUAGUCUCAAGACACACCAGAAGAUCCAUACUGGAGAAAAGCCACAUCAGUGUUCACAGUGUGGAAAGACCUUUAGCCAAAUGUCUAGUCUCAAGACACACCAGAAGAUCCAUAUUGGAGAAAAGCCUCAUCAGUGUUUACAGUGUGGAAAGACCUUUAACAGCACGUCUUGUCUCAAGAUACACCAGAGGAUCCAUACUGGGGAAAAGCCACAUCACUGUUCUCAGUGUGAAAAAACCUUUAACCAUCUUUCCAAUCUCAAGUCACACCAGAGGAUCCAUACUGGGGAAAAGCCACAUCAGUGUUUUCAGUGUGGAAAGACCUUUAACCGCAUGUCUAGUCUCAAGACACACCAGAAGAUCCAUACUGGAGAAAAGCCACAUCAGUGUUCACAGUGUGGAAAGACCUUUAGCCAAAUGUCUAGUCUCAAGACACACCAGAAGAUCCAUAUUGGAGAAAAGCCUCAUCAGUGUUUACAGUGUGGAAAGACCUUUAACAGCACGUCUUGUCUCAAGAUACACCAGAGGAUCCAUACUGGGGAAAAGCCACAUCAGUGUUCUCAGUGUGAAAAAACCUUUAACCAUCUUUCCAAUCUCAAGUCACACCAGAAGAUCCAUAUUGGGGAAAAGCCACAUCAGUGUUCUCAGUGUGGAAAGACCUUUAACCAAAUGUCUAGUCUCCAUAAUCAUCAGAUGAUCCAUACUGGGGAAAAGCCACAUCAUUGUUUUCAGUGUGGAAAGACCUUUAACCGCAUGUCUAGUCUCAAGAAACACCAGAGGAUCCAUACUGGGGAAAAGCCACAUCAGUGUUCUCAGUGUGAAAAGGCCUUUAGCGAAAUGUCUCAUCUCAAGACACACCAGAGGAUCCAUACUGGGGAAAAGCCACAUCAGUGUUCUCAGUGUGAAAAGGCCUUUAGCGUAAUGUCUCAUCUCAAGGCACACCAGAGGAUCCAUACUGGGGCAAAGCCACAUCAGUGUUCUCAGUGUGAAAAGGCCUUUAGCGAAAUGUCUAAUCUCAAGGUACACAACAGGAUACAUACUGGGGAAAAGCCACAUCAGUGUUCUACGUGUGGAAAGGCCUUUAACCAAAUGUCUAAUCUUAAGAGACACCAGAGGAUCCAUACUGGGGAAAAGCCACAUUAG